AUGGCGCACCAGACGGACGCCCAGUCCCCAGCGUCGAAAAAGCUCGGAUCGAAGCUCAAGAAGUCGAAAGAUUCUACAGGAGAGGAGGGAGGUGCAGAUGCACAGGAGACCACUCCCAGUAAGGAAGACGCCAAGUCCGACAAGAAGGACAAGAAAAAGCGCAAGUCCGUUUCCGAGGAUGCGGCACCCGAGACAGACGGCGAAAUGAAGAAAAAGAAGAAGCGCCGCCAUACCGAAGACGACAACGAACAGAAUGGCAAGGAUGAUGAAUCGCACAAGCAAAAGAAGAAGCGUGUCUCGUUUGGACCAGGGACAAAGGAAUUCGACGGCGACUCCGAAACUGAGUCGGACGAGGCCGACAGCAAUGACGCUGCCGCAACCGACGGAGCCGACGCAGACACCGAAGACGCCGGAGACAAGACUACCGAAGAGAUGAAGAAGCGCAAGCGCGAGAAGAAGAAGCAAAAGAAAGACGGCACCGCCUCGACUGAAGCCCCAAUCCAUGAGACGCCUAUUCUUUCGUACUUGAGCCACUACCACCGAGCACGCCCGACAUGGAAGUUUCAAAAGAACCGGGAAACCAACCUGUUCAAGCAUCUGUAUUCGCUUGAGCAUGUCCCCUCCAAGUACAACACAUCGCUGCUGGCGUACAUGCAGGGCCUGAAAGGUGAUGCCGCCAAGCAGCGAAUGAGCAAUGCUGCGAGGGACGUGAUCAAGGCCGAUAUGGAUCUCGACAAGCCGAAGGACGAUGAAGAAGCGGAGAACAAGGAGCCUUCAACAAGCCCCGAGUACCUGGAAGCUAUCAAUGCGUUCCGCGAGUGCUUGCCCAAGGGAGAUGAGGAUCUGGACAACGUCAACUUCGGAGAAAAUUUGGAGGGAGACGUCCAAAAGCGUUUGCCCAAGAGGCAGCGAGCAGAGCUGGUCUUUUUCGCUGUUGCCGGCAAGCUUUUCAGCGCCGAGGAUUUGAAGAAGCCGAAAUCGAAACCCAAGGCUCCUGAGCCCCCGGUAAACAAGAAGCGGAAGAACAGAACUAUGGUUGUUGAUAUCAGCAGCAGCGAGGAUAGCGAUGAUGAUGCCCCGGCUCCGAAGAAGGCUGCCAGCAAACCCGCGCCGGAUAAUGAUGACGAUACCUCGUCGAGCGGCAGCAGCAGCGAUAGUGACAGCGACAGUGAUAACAAGUCAUCUGCUGCCCGGGCCCCGGCCAAACAAAGUGCCGCAGGCACUCCUUCAUCGUCCGCCCCCGGUGGUGUUACAAUGUCGAAGAAGGAGAGCAAAGCUGCCAAGCGGAAGGAGAAGUUUGUACCAGUUCGCGAAGAAAAGCUUAAGCCUGCUGUGCCGAAAAAGACGCAGAAGCGAAAGCUCAGAACUGCUCAGAUCGAAAUCUCGAGCAGCGAAAGCGACAGCGAGUAG